GCCGCCCACCGGCCCGGCUCUCCCGUCGGCUGCGGGCAGUGCUGGCGGCGGCUCCAGCUCAACGGGAAUCCCUGCAUCCCACAUCGCAGCGAGGGGAUGGCUGCGGUGCGGAGGAAGUUCGGCGAUGAGUACCAGGCGGUGGGCCCGGCCGCUGGCGGCGGCCGCAGAGAGCGGCAGCGUUUUGUGGACAAGAACGGGCGAUGCAACGUGCAACACGGCAACCUGGGAGGUGAGAGCAGUCGUUACCUCUCCGACCUCUUCACCACGCUGGUGGAUCUCAAGUGGCGUUGGAACCUGCUCAUCUUUCUGCUCACCUACACGGUCGCCUGGCUGGUCAUGGCUUCGAUGUGGUGGGGCAUCGCCUACCUGCGAGGUGACCUGCACCGGGCACACGAUGACACCUACAGUCCGUGCGUGGCCAACGUGUACAACUUCCCCUCUGCCUUCCUUUUCUUCAUCGAGACUGAGGCCACCAUUGGCUACGGGCACCGCUACAUUACCGAGCGCUGCCCUGAGGGCAUCGUGCUCUUCCUCUUCCAGUCACUGCUGGGCUCCAUCGUUGACGCGUUCCUCAUCGGCUGCAUGUUCAUCAAGAUGUCACAGCCCAAGAAGAGAGCUGAGACCCUCAUGUUCAGCCGUGCCGCAGUUGUCUCGCAGCGGGAUGGCAAGCUCUGCCUCAUGUUCCGGGUUGGCAACCUCCGCAACAGCCACAUGGUUUCUGCCCAGAUCCGCUGCAAGCUGAUCAAGUCCCGACAGACACCAGAGGGAGAAUUUCUGCCUCUAGACCAGUGUGAGCUGGAUGUUGGAUUUGGAACAGGAGCUGACCAGCUGUUCUUAGUUUCUCCAUUAACCAUCUGUCAUGAAAUUAACUCAAAGAGCCCCUUUUUCUGUCUCUCACAAAGAUCGCUAAGAAGCGAGCAAUUUGAAAUAGUUGUCAUCCUUGAAGGAAUUGUUGAGACUACAGGAAUGACGUGUCAAGCUAGGACCUCAUAUACAGAAGAUGAAGUUCUUUGGGGUCACAGAUUCCUCCCAGUGAUGUCCCUGGAAGAUGGCUUUUUCCGUGUUGAUUAUUCUCAGUUUCAUGCUACAUUUGAAGUCCCCACUCCUCCUUACAGCGUCAAAGAGCAAGAAGAAAACCUGUCUCUGUCAUCCUCCUGGAACAGUCCUGUUGACAACAAAACCAGAAAAGAAAAGGUUUGUUCACUUGACUGCAUUGAUAUUGCAGAAGAAAAAAAUAAACUCCCUUUUAAACUUCAGAAGAUUAGCUCAAGAAAGGAAGACCUUCCAAAAAGAGUCCUCAGAAUGAGUUCCAGUAACACAGGGAAGACUUGCAGUACAGGGGAUCUCCUGAAUAUUCAAGAAAUGAGUUCCAUCUCCAAUGGUGAAGACAGUGAUGACAGGAUACAGCUGAAAGCCUUAAGAAUGAAUGCUGAGGCUUAGACUCAGUCCAGAAGAUGCCUAGAAGUAUGCGUGAAAGAUGAAAUUGGAAGAUAAUCUGCCUGCCAAACUUUGCAAAAUAAACUCUGGUCACCUCCCUUAAGAGCAUAAGCAUAUGAGUCAUUGUUCAUAAACAGCAUUCAAAACUGCUGACCUGAAAGUUUUCUUAUAGUAAUGAAAUAAUUUGGUUUUCCUGCUUUCUGGAAGGAUGAUCCCUUUUGUAUAAUUGUUCUGUACAGAUCUAAUUUAUGUAGCCUAAUAGAAAUUUGAGAGGCAGUAAGGUUAGACUGUUGUGCCAAAGAGGUCCCUGCCCUGAUGUCAUUUAGCAGCAUGCUCAUUGCAAAUCAACAUUGUCUUCCAUACUUGUAGAUGCUUUUUCAUGAAGCAUGGACCAAAUCCUUGGAUGGAUCAUCCUCUGUAAUGAAUUGAACAUUCUCUCAAAGCACUUUUGCUAAUAAUGGCAGUUUACUUUCAGUUGCUGAAGAUUUGAGAAGAUCAUCACUAGAAUAGAAAACCUUCUCUAUAGAAAUGACCAAAAAGAUGUCAGUGAAGAUUUGCACCUCAAGUGUUGGCAUUCAGUACCUCUUUAAAGUGCUAUACAGUUUUCUAUAUGACUGGCUUGAGUGAGAAGGAAAAACACUCUUCUGGUUUUAAAGCUGAAGAACUGAAACUGCUUGCCUUACUGAACGUCAGGGUAUGGUGAGAACUGGAAUCCAAUUCAAUCCCAGCACAAGAAGGAUGCUGACCUGUUAUAGUGGUUCCAGAGGAGAGCUGUGAAGACGACCAAAGGGCUGGAGCACCUCUCCUACGAGGAAAGGCUGAGGCAGACUUGGGCUUAUUAAGGUCAGAGUAGGCUCCAGGAAGACCUCAUUGCAGCAUUCCCAUACUUGAAGAGAGCUUUUAAACAGGAUAAGGACUGACUUUUCACAUAGUCUGAUAGUGAUAGGAAAAGGAGAAGUGGCUUUAAACUAAAUGAGGGGAAAGUAAGGUUGGAUGAGAGGAGGAAAUUCUUUGCACAGAGGGGGAUGAGGCUCUGACACUGCUGCCCAGAGAGGCAUGGGUGCCCCAUCCUUGGAGGUCCCCAAAGCCAGAGUGGAUGGGGCUCUGGGCAGCCUGACCUGCUGGGGGGCAGCCAGCCCACAGCACAGGGUUGAAGUUUAAUGAUCCUUAAGGUCUCUUCCAACCCAAUCAUUCUAUGAUUCUUAACCACCCCAAUCAUUCUAUGAUUCUCCACUCCCAGCAUAAUCCUACUUCUAUUCAGCUGUUCUGCAGCCCUCCUUUGUAUGUGAGAGCAGUCCUUUUUCUCCCAGCUGGCAGUGAGGGGAAGGGGCACAACGCAAACCCACUGCUCCAUCCCACACAGAGGGUACCCACCACAGCAAGGCACUCCACAAGGGAACGAUCCCAUCUGCCCUCCAUAGGCAGCGCAGGCUGAGAUGAAGGGGUGACCGCAGCCCUGUGCUGUGGUGGGUGAAGGGACACAAUCCACACAGGGCCGGCUCGGCCUGGAUAAGUCACUGUCACUUUGCUUUUGGCCUCCUAUAUACGGUCUGAAGCUGCAAACUUGGUAUUUUGCACAGGUGCGGCUGCCUGUGGUUGUUUUCCUUCCCCUCCCCCCGACUUUCACCAUUACAUACGUGCUGAAAGCUGUGGUUUUACACAUUAAACGUACCACGCUGGGAUAUUUAGAUCACCCGCAAUGACUCACCGCAGAACAUCCAGAACCGAUAUACAAUAAAAUCACAUUCACUUUC